AUGUUACGCCUCGUUGUCUUGGCCACGGGCCUCCGCCUCCUCACAGCCACUUCGGAGGGCCUCGACUUUGAGGGCAUCGACUUCGAUGACGACUUUGCCUCGGGGACGCUUCUGGGUCUCCAGCGGGGGUUCGAGGUGCACAGGAAGACGUCGAAAAGCACGCAGAGUGCGGAUGGGUUUGGCAAAGAACCGGAGCUGCCGAAACAGGUUGACCACACAACAGACGAUGUCGAGGCGCUGCUGGGUGAUGCCGGCGACAAGAGACGAGCAGCGCGCAUCGUUCGCUCUGAGCCUGGCUAG